AUGGACGGAACGGGUCGCGACAGUCGGGAAGCAGCUAGUGCUCGCGCUUGGACUUCAGUGUCGGAGCAACUGGUCCACGUCGUAAAAUCGCGGCAAAAAAGUUCACUAAAGGAAUGUAAUCUCCAUACGAAUGACCGAUUCUCUACCCGUUUACGACGCGCUCCAAUACAGACUGUCGAUUGCCCACGUGACCACGGGACAAGCACGUAUCAGCUGUUUUUAAAGCGCCUGAAGAGGCCGAGGACCAGGCUUCUGUAAUCGAUGGGUUGAGAACGCGAAAUUCGUGCUUUUCAGCUUUCUUCUCUUCUUGAAACCAAGGUGUUUUAGCUUACCGAUGAGCCAUGCUGAAGGUAGUAGGAGCCUCCUGGCUGCAGACACGCAUUUCUACUUACAUCCUGAUCGCUGUAGCUCUGCUGGGAAUCGGAGCUAUUAUUCUCGGCGAGUUCGGACAUGUUGAACAAGAUGGUACUUAUUCAGCAACCGUGACAUGGAACCGCAAAGGAGGAUACCGUAUUGACUUUUGGGGCCAAGGCAAUGAUCUAAUGGCCGUGCCAUUGCACGCCGCUCGCGCAUAUUAUAAAACUGGAAUUUUCGAGCACGGAUGGUCUUUCAUUGAAAUAGAAACGUCAUCAAAAUACCCGGACACCGUGCAAGCUUACGCCGCCGGGCUUUUAGAAGGCAGCCUCACUUGGCAAUUAAUUCAUCAUCAUUGGCACAACACCAUCAGACCUGUGUGCGAAGCAAAACCUGUCGAGUGCCAAAAGUUAACGCGGUAUCUCCAAGACAACACUGCCGUUAUCCGUGAACGCGCUGAACUAUUGGAUUCUACGGAUCCUUUUUGGCAUAUGGUACGAUUAUUUUACACACAAUUGGAUGGCUUGGAAGCUGGUUGGAAAUUCGCUGUACGUCGGAGCCGUGCCCCGGUGUCAAUGGAAUCGGAGGAUUUCCUUUGGCUCGCUCUGGCUUCCGACAUACCCGGCUUCCAACAAGUGUUUAAUGUUUCAGACAUUCCUAUGAGUUCCAUGAUCUAUUUCAAAUCGCUCCCAAGAGACAAUUCCGAACCUUUGAUCGCAAUUGGUCAUAACACUGCUGCAUCAUACACUAAAAUGCUAAGACUCGUGAAAAAGUACACGUUCGGUUAUCAUGUACUGCCUGCCAUAAAAACCGCAGCAUUAACUCCAACCCGAUCGAUAGUAAUGACGUCCUAUCCGGGAGCAUUGUCAUCUGGGGAUGAAUUUUAUUUAAUGCGCAGUAAAAGUCGUGAAUUGAUCGUUGCCGGAACAUCAUUACUAGCAACAAAUCGGAGCGAAUGGAGCUUCUUACACCCAAAAGAUCAUGUUAUGUUAUCUGUGAGACUGAUGACGGCAAAUCGUUUGGCAACGAACGGCCAAUCGUGGUUCGAUAUUAUAUCUAAUCAAAAUGGCGGCGCUUCUGCGGUACAGUGGAUUACAUUCGAGCCACGUUCUACGACCAUGGUAUUAGUAGAACAACUACCGAGCAUCACCAUCGCCAUGAAUUACACGAAGGAGUUCAAGAAGGCCGGUUACAUAUCUUACGUAGGUAUAUCGAACUUUCGUAGCGUCAACGAUGUCGUACAAUCUGCCAAAAAGAACGUAAACGUCUGGAGAACGAGUUUAGCGCGUUUGCAAGAGAACGUCACCACGUUCGAGCAAUUUCGUAAGAUGAUGCGUGGUUGCAGCCAGGAAGAUUGCACUGCCGAAAAUCAAAAUUCUAAACUGGAUCCACUGCAAGAAUUGACCUAUCGCGGAGACUUGGAAGACGAGUCGUUAACGUACGGUAUUAUAGACACGAAAAUUCUAGCCGUCGAUUCUAAUGGUUUCGAAACAUUCGAAGUAACUUCAGGACCAGCCACCUCGCAAUCGCGAACACCCUUUAAAUGGUGCGAAAGGUUUCCCAAUAUUUCGCAUGUAGGACACCCAGACGCAUUCAAUUUUGAAAGUAUCACUCCUAGAUGGGUUUGGUUUUAAUUAACGUAAUUAACAAUUAACAUAUUAUUAAACUGUACUUAUAGCCUUGUAAACCAUAUAUCGUUACUUGAAGAAUCGACGCGAUAGCCAGUCAAUUCUUUGCAGUUGGAUUUUACGUUUUUAGACGAAAUAUUAAAUAUCGAUAUUUAAAUGUAAUCUUAUUUUCUUUUUCUAAGCUGGCUCAUAUGUUAGCUGCCUAUGGUGAAAUU